UAAAAGCCCCACAGCACGCCGAGGCUCCUCUUACUGCUGUGUUGGCGGAGACACGUUACGCGUCUGUAGUCAACGGAGCGCAAAUCUUUCCUUUCUUCGCCCUCAGAAGCUGUGUUGCCACUUAACAUUAAACCAAGAUGCGUGAGUGUAUCUCCAUCCACGUGGGCCAAGCUGGUGUGCAGAUUGGAAAUGCAUGCUGGGAGUUGUACUGCCUGGAGCAUGGUAUCCAACCUGAUGGCAAUAUGCCAAGCGACAAGACCAUUGGUGGUGGGGAUGACUCCUUUAACACUUUCUUCAGCGAGACAGGCUCUGGAAAGCAUGUACCACGAGCUGUGUUUGUGGAUCUGGAGCCUGCCGUCAUUGAUGAGGUGAGGACUGGCACAUACAGGCAGCUGUUCCACCCAGAGCAGCUCAUCUCUGGAAAGGAGGAUGCGGCUAAUAACUAUGCCCGUGGCCACUACACUGUUGGCAAGGAAAUCAUUGAUGUGGUCCUGGAGCGUGUUCGCAAACUGACUGACCAGUGCACAGGUCUCCAAGGUUUCCUGAUCUUCCACAGUUUCGGUGGAGGCACGGGUUCUGGGUUCACCUCCCUGUUGAUGGAGCGCCUGUCUGUCGACUAUGGCAAGAAGUCUAAGCUGGAGUUUGCCAUCUAUCCAGCGCCACAGGUUUCUACGGCUGUGGUUGAGCCAUACAACUCAAUCCUGACCACCCACACCACUCUUGAGCACUCCGACUGUGCAUUCAUGGUCGACAACGAGGCAAUCUAUGAUAUCUGCCGCAGAAACCUUGACAUUGAGCGCCCCACCUAUACCAACCUCAACCGGCUCAUCGGCCAGAUUGUGUCUUCAAUCACCGCUUCUCUGCGGUUCGAUGGUGCCCUGAAUGUUGAUCUGACAGAGUUCCAGACCAACCUUGUGCCGUAUCCCAGAAUCCACUUCCCCCUGGUCACCUACUCGCCAAUAAUCUCUGCCGAGAAGGCCUAUCAUGAGCAGUUGUCUGUUGCCGAGAUUACUAGUGCUUGCUUUGAGCCGUCCAAUCAGAUGGUGAAGUGCGAUCCUCGCCAUGGAAAGUACAUGGCCUGCUGUAUGCUGUACCGUGGUGAUGUUGUACCCAAAGAUGUGAAUGCUGCCAUUGCUAACAUCAAGACCAAACGUUCCAUCCAGUUUGUGGACUGGUGCCCCACUGGUUUCAAGGUUGGCAUCAACUACCAGCCUCCUACAGUGGUUCCUGGUGGAGACCUGGCCAAGGUGCAGAGAGCUGUGUGCAUGCUGAGCAACACCACAGCCAUUGCUGAGGCCUGGGCCCGUCUGGACCACAAGUUUGACUUGAUGUACGCCAAGCGGGCCUUCGUGCACUGGUAUGUUGGCGAAGGCAUGGAGGAGGGAGAGUUCUCUGAGGCCAGAGAGGACCUCGCAGCCCUGGAGAAAGAUUAUGAAGAGGUGGGCACAGAGUCUGUUGAAGAUGAGGAGGAGGGAGAGGAGUAUUGAUCCAGUGCCAGGCUUUUGCAUCAUGUUCCAAAGAAAGGGAACAAUGUCUCUUCUGUCUUUUCUUUCUUUGUAUGUGUUUUAUUCUGUCCUUCAGUCAGUGGUGAUUCUUACGUUCACUCAAGCUCAUGUACUUGUCAUGUUGCCAAAGGCAUUUGUUUUGUUUUAUUUCUUUACUGUAACACUGCUGACUGCCUCAAUGGAGAUGUUGCAAAUGACAUGACUAUGCAAUAUUCUGUUCCUGAAUAAAUGUCAUUUUAAAAUGA